GGGACCAUAACACAAAAACUAAGAGACGUUUCUCCGAAAUUUCUCAGUUUCCGUAUUCUUUCCAACUUUUCUUUUUGCACUUUCUACUUUUUCAGACAUUUCCUGUUUGGAUGUUUGGCUGCUCACAAUAAUAAUAGCGCCAUCUUUGUUUUUUUUCAUUUUUUCAGUCAAAUUUAACAGUUCAAGUUUUAACUUUAAAACCAACUAUUAAUCACCGUUUCUAGUUACUUAUUAGUAUUUCUUUCUGAGUAACCAAACAGGGAAUAAGCAUAAUGCAUGGGAGGUACCUUGAUGUGCCGAGGGAGAAGAGAAGUUUGGAUUCCAGUUCUGGUGAUGAUGGACAGCCUGAUCGCAAACGACCUGCUUUGGCUAGUGUAAUUGUUGAAGCUCUGAAGGUGGACAGUCUGCAGAAACUGUGUUCAUCAUUGGAGCCUAUUCUACGCAGAGUUGUUAGUGAAGAAGUGGAGCGUGCUUUGGCAAAACUAGGUCCAACAAAGCUUAAUGGGAGGUCUUCUCCAAAGCGCAUAGAAAAUUCUGAUGGCAAAAAUUUACAAUUGCACUUCAAGACCAGACUAUCCCUUCCCCUUUUUACUGGUGGGAAAGUGGAGGGUGAGCAAGGGGCAGCCAUACAUAUUGUUUUGGUUGAUGCAAACUCAGGCCAAGUUGUCACAUCAGGCCCAGAGUCAUGUGCCAAACUAGAUGUCUUUGUUCUUGAGGGGGAUUUCAAUAAUGAGGAUGAUGAAAAUUGGGGUGAAGAAGAGUUUGAGAGUCAUAUUGUGAAAGAGCGGGAAGGAAAAAGGCCUCUUUUGUCUGGCGAUCUACAAGUCAUAUUAAAGGACGGUGUAGGGACACUGGGUGAGAUCUCAUUUACCGACAACUCCAGCUGGAUAAGGAGUAGGAAGUUCAGAUUGGGGCUUAAAGUUGCCUCAGGUUGUGGUGAAGGAAUGCGUAUUCGUGAAGCCAAAUCAGAAGCUUUCACUGUUAAGGAUCAUCGUGGAGAAUUAUACAAGAAACACUAUCCACCUGCCUUGCAUGAUGAGGUUUGGAGACUGGAGAAGAUUGGUAAGGAUGGUUCCUUUCACAAAAGGCUAAAUAAAGCAGGAAUAUAUAAUGUUGAAGACUUUCUAAGACUUGUGAUCAGAGACUCUCAGAGAUUGCGGAAUAUUCUUGGGAGCGGCAUGUCAAAUAAGAUGUGGGAUAUCCUUGUUGAGCACGCAAAGACUUGUGUACUCAGUGGAAAACUCUAUGUAUAUUAUCCCGAGGAUGCAAGAAACGUUGGUGUUGUUUUCAAUCACAUUUAUGAAUUGAGCGGCUUAAUUGCCAAUGACCAGUAUUACUCAGCUGAUUCUCUCUCUGAGAGUCAAAAGGUUUAUGUAGACACGUUGGUGAAGCAAGCAUAUGAUAAUUGGAUGCAUGUUAUCGAGUAUGAUGGCAAGUCUCUACAAAAUUACAAUCAGGACCAAAAUUUGGAUACUGCUCAUCCUCAAGCUCUCAUAGGUUCCCUUGAGUACCCAAACUCAAUUCAGCAGACUUCUAUCCAUAGUUUGCCACAACCAGAACAUACAGGCCAACCUUCAAUGGAUACAGGAGAAACAGUUGGAGGUUAUCAUGACAGCACAACUACCAGCUUCUCCAUGCAAUCACAGAAUACUAAUCUUAAUUCUUCUAUCCAAUUUGAUGAUAAUGCAUUUUCACUACAAAGUCAGUUGAUGAGUGCUCCCCACCAAGUUCAACUUCCAAGAAAUGAAAAUGGGCUAAGUCUUGGUCUGCCACAAACAGCCACACAUGGGUUCCAGACUGCCAGUAUUUCAAAUUCGACUUAUGGAGGAGUUGAAGACUUCUUCCCAGAGGAAGAAAUACGUAUUAAAAGUCACGAGAUGCUAGAAAAUGAUGAUAUGCAGCAUCUUCUCCGUAUUUUUAACUUGGGAAACCAUGCACAUGCGUCCUUCAAUGCUCACGAAGAUGGGUACCCUAAUUCAUCUACAUACAUGCCUGCAAACCACAUGAGCUACAAUUUUGAUGAUGACCCAAACCGUUCCUCAGGCAAAGCUGUUGUGGGAUGGCUCAAGCUUAAGGCAGCUUUGAGAUGGGGUAUUUUUGUUCGAAAGAGGGCUGCUGACAGACGGGCUCAACUCAUUGAAUUAGAUGACUCUUAACGAUCUUGGAGGAAUUGCUCAUCUGUUAUGAUCCGUAACAAUAAUUUUUCUGGUUAUACCAUCUAAGGCUAAUUUCCUAACAUUAAGAGUUUCUAUCAUGCUCAAAUUUUGCAGCAUGACUAUGAGCAAGGACAUGAAACCUGGAUUGAAUUAUUUGGUGCGCUUAGCUUAAAAAUACCACUGUACCAUGAUUCAUAAUCAGUUGUGCAGAGAGACAUGCAUUUGCAAGAAUAUAGCUCUGCAACAUCUCUCCUAGCUGCUUGUGAUAUUUUCCAUCCAGCAUUCAUGUCUAUAACCUUUAAAGGCUCAAAAACUCGCCUGUUUUGGACUGAAGUCAUUUGUUGUUUAAUGUUUGCAAGGUCGGAGUAUUAAAUCUCGGGACAUUUAGCUGUAACUUAAUAUUUUCUAGGCUGUAUUCCGUUUUAAACUGAUGUCAAUUGCUUGAUUGAAGUAGGUUAGAUUUUCAACCUAAUUUAUGUGUCUUGUGCAGCUGCCGUGUAGCAUAAGAAUAGUUAUCAAUUGGAACUGGUGAAUGCUUGGACUUA